GACCCCGGGGCGCAGAGCGGCCAGGGGCGGGACUCGAGAGCGGCGCUGUGGGGCCGGCUGGGUGAAAGAGGCGGGAGACGCGCUGGGGCGCGAGAUGGAGGCAGGAGACCAGGAGGUGAGCAGCAUGAAACUGCAGACAUUGUCCUUACUGCCCGAGGAGCAGAUAGUGACACUUCGUCAACAGAUGGUGGAAAGUCAGGCAUCCUAUCAACGCAAGCUGCAGAGCUCCCAAGAGGCACAGCAUAGGCAGGCAGUGCUUGUACAGAAGCUACAAGCAAAGGUGCUGCAGUACCGGAGUUGGUGUCGGGAGCUGCAACAGAGGCUGGAAACGGAAAGGGGGGGGCCCGUUUCACACAGGUGGGAAGCCAAGGAGGAGCACAGCCUGGAGAGGGCUCUGGUCCAGUUGGAGGAGGAGCAGCAGAGAUGUGAGAAUCUAGCUGAAGUGAACACUCUGCUCCGGGAGCACCUGGGCAAGGCAAAUGAGGUGAAUACAGCCCUUAGAGAGGAUGUGCGAAAACUGACAGUUGAUUGGACAAGGGCCCGGGACGAACUGGAGCUCAAGGAGAGCAAUUGGCGCACUGAACGUGAGUUCUUUGAGGGGUACUUGAGGUGUGAACAUGAUCGACUUCUCAGCCUGUGGCGGCAGGUGGUGACCUUCCGCCGUCACUUCCUGGAGAUGAAGACUGCAACUGACAGGGACUUGUCAGCACUGAAGGCAGACCAGAUAAGACUUUCUGGAUCAAUACUUGUCAGCUGCUUCCAUUUAAGUUCUGGUACGCGGCACUGGGAGCCAAACACUUUGGAAAGAUCUGCCUCGAAGGAUCAGAGACAGCAGCUUUGUGCCAGGGCUCAGGAGCUGGAAAAGGAAGUAUACCAGAAAACCCAAGAAGUGAUGUGCUUGCAGGUCAAAGGGGGUAUGGAGAAAGAGGAGCUUCAGGGCAGGGUGAUGGAGCUCUCAGCCUUGCUGGCGCAGUCCCAGAAGCAGAAUGAGGAGAAAGAGAAGACCGUGAAGACGCUUAGUGACACGAUGGAGAUUCUGGAGGCCAGUCGGUUGGCGGUAGAAUAUAAAGCUUCACUGACCAAGAAUGCCAGAGAAGAGACCCUUUCUCUUCAUCAGGUGCUAAAAGACAUAACUCAGGCAGUGCUAGACGAUACUGACAACAUAGUCAGCAUCUCAUGGGUUGAGAGCUCCCCGCAUCCUGAAUCCAGCAAUCUCUCCUCCCUGCUGAGUUCCAGUGACAUGGAAAGGGCCCUCGUUCUGGUGCACGAAGCAUUGUCAAGGAGGUGCCAGGCAGUACAGGCCCUAACGGAGCAGCUUUCAGCCAGCCAGGACUCUGUCCAUUCUCUGCAACAUCAGCAAAGGCAGCAGGAAGAAGAAUGUAAGAUGCUGAGGCAGAGGCUCCAGCAGCUGGAAGAGAACUGCAAGACACUCACCAGCCAGACGCAGCACCUCCAGUCCCUGGUGGAAACUCUCAGCAGUGACCGUGUGAACCUGGAGAAGGCGAGGGAAGAGCUGCAGCAGCAACUGGAGGUGUCUGAGCAGGAGGCCUGGCGAUUGCGCCGAAGCAACACUGAGCUACAACUGAAGGAAGAUUUGGCUCAAGGGGAGAAGGAGGAGCAACAGCUGGAGAUGGAGAGGAUCCUUCGGGAGAGGGAGCGCCUGCAGAACAGUCAAUUGCUGAGUUGACAGGGAUUCAGAAUAAACUGAAGGCAGAAACCGCUGAUAUGCAUGAUGUGGCUGAGAAGAUGAGUGGCAUUAAUGAGGCUCUAGCUUUGGAUAAAAUGCAG